UAGUUCUGUGAGUUGUGAAAGAGCCUUCCCUCCAAGUUUCAGUUGCCACAACUAACUAACAGAGUGUUAGUUCUGCACGAUUGCUAUGCUUUCUCAAUAGCCUUCAUCUCUUUGACUCCAAGCAAGCACCCGCCACUGAUUCAUCGAAAUAGAAGAAGCUCACAAUCAGCAGUUCACAAAACUCUUAGUACUAUCUGUUACCAAGAAAAAGACCAGCAGAGGAGCUUUGUUGAAAAUGAUGAUAUCGACCCGUACUUUUGGCCUUGUCGUGGCGAUUAUUUUUGCUUCCCUCCCCAACGCUGUGGUAGCUCUUCCCACUGGAGCUUCCGCGUGUCCGGCGGGUGAAGCCGCUGUGGGAGGAUCGCACCUGGGCAAAUCGGAGCAGACCAACGGACCCCUGAGUGAAAACGCCGCCCAAUUGAAAGUGUUGUUGAAUGGAAAUGUGUUGUCGCCCGAUACCCCCGUGGACGUUCCGAUUGGAGUGGACCAUACAUUGGAAUUGAUGGGAGAAGCUCCAUUUCGUGGUUUCUUGUUCCGCUUGGGAGGUGGAGGAAACGCGGGGAAUAAUACCCUCGCUAUUGAUACCACCGAGGCACUCCGGGUAGCCGACGGUGAUGCCGGAUCGAUCAAAGUGGCAAAGACGGUCUGUGUCGCAAAUGAAAAUGUGGGAGGAUUGACCCAUAUCGACAAUGUGGACAAAACCAGUGUCAAGGGUCUUUUGAAAAUCACCGAAGAAGCCGGCAGUCUACCCUUGGAUGUGACGGUCGUCGUGCGCAAUCAGGGAACUGUCUCGGAUUAUGCCUAUUCACAAUUCACACUCAAUGCCGUUGAAGGAGGUGCCAUGGAAACCACCAAUGGAUCAGGGAUUGGUAAGAGAACGCCAAUGAUGGGGCUCGUUGCGGCCUCGGUUGCAAUGUGCUCCAUGUCUUUUCUUCUGUAAAAUAAGUUGUCAAGCACAACCACAACAAGAAAUUAAUGGGCAUAUGCAACCCAGCAGCAAGCCACAAAAGCUGUGAUGAAGCAAAAGAUGGUUUGACGUUGUUGUUCUAUCACUGUGAUUCCAUCCUUGCACCAAGCUGGGAUCGUCAUUGAAACUCCUGGAUUUGAAAUAAAUAGUUUCAGCAGCAGGGAGCUUCUUGGUCACCUCCAAUGCUUGGAAGUCAGCAACAAACCCCUGUUUUCUCUCGUUCCCACCAAUAUACAUAAACAAUAAGCAGCUGAUACUAAAACUGUUGCACGUCGAUAUUC